AAAUACAACAACAAGGACAGACAUGCUUUCCAACAUUUCAUAACUUGAAGCAUCAACUCCUUUUUCCUCACGAAUCGACGAUCAUGAAUCUCACAAAUUCUCUUCUUAUCAAACUCAGAGGUAAUUCAAUCACCACAUCCUUCCUUCUUCACUCUAAUUUCUCCACAAAUCGAUCCAUGCUUCAUAAAAUCACCAACUUGAAUCAUGCACUCAACCUGUUCGAUGAAAUGUCACAGAGACGUCCUUUGCCAUCUGUUGUCAAAUUCACUCAGUUGUUGCAUCUUGUUACCAAAAUGAAACAUUUCUCUUCUUCCCUUCAUCUUUUCAACCAAAUGUGUUCUCUUGGUGUCCCUGUUAAUGAAUAUUCUAUGAGCAUUGCAAUCAAGUGUUGCUGUCAGCUGCAUCGCACCAAAGACGGCUUUGCACUCCUCGGAAGCUGCUUUAGGCGAGCUAUUCCACCCAAUGUGUACAUAUUUAGUGCACUCAUUGACGGACUCGUCCUAGAAGAUAGGAUUCUUGAUGCAGAGAUGUUAUUCAAGAAGCUCAUCAAACAAAAACUUUGUGAACCUAAUGUUGUUAUGUACAACACAAUGAUUAAAGGCCUUUGCAAGUUCAGUAAUAACGUUACAGCACUUGCUUUGCUCAGGCUAAUGGAACAAACAAACUGCAAGCCUGAUAUUUUUACAUAUAGCACCAUCAUUGAUAGUCUUUGCAAGGAUAAACUGAUUGAUGAUGCUUUCAAGCUCUUUAAAGAGAUCGUAUGUAACAAAAGCAUUCUACCAGAUGUCAUCACCUACACCUCUUUAAUAUGUGGUCUUUGUAAGUUUGGUCAUUGGGAUGAGGCCUCAAAGAUGCUAAAACAAAUGGAGGAUGAGAACAUUUCUCCAAAUGUACAUACCUUUAACGUAUUAGUUGAUGCAUUUUGCAAGGAAGGUAAAGUAGAAGAAGCUGAGGCUAUUAUCAACAUCAUGAUUGACAGAGGUAAGGUUCCAAACAUAGUGACAUACAACUCACUUAUUGAUGGUUACUGUCUGCGAGGUGAAAUGAUUAAAGCAAGGGAGAUUUUUUAUUCCAUUACACUUAGAGGCCUCGUUCCUGGUGUUGUUACUUACAACAGUUUAUUGAAUGGGUAUUGCAAGAAUCUGAAUAUUGAGAAGGCUGUGCAAAUGUUUCAUGAAAUGACUGGAAAAGGUUUAAAACCCAAUGUAGUCACUUACAACACCAUGAUACAAGGAUUCUUUCGGGUUGGGCGUUUUGUAGAUGCACGCAAACUCUUUGAUGAGAUGCAUGCACAAGGCCAAAACCCAGACCAAUACACUUAUCGAAUAGUUUUAGAGGGCCUUUGCAACAAUCAUCAAGUAGAAGAGGCUCUCUCUUUGUUUCAUUUGAUGGGUGAUAGCAAGCUUAAUUCUGAUAUUGUUGUGUACAAUAUCCUCAUCAAUGGUGUAGGAAAAUGUGGGAAAGUGGAUAUUGCGAGGGUUCUUUUCCAAGGUCUAAUUGAUAAAGGCUUGCAACCUGAUGUUCGUACAUAUAACGUGAUGAUCAGUGGUUUUUGUCGGGAAGGUCAAUUGGGGGAAGCAAAGUUGUUGUUUCUUAAAAUGGAAGAGAGUGGCUGCCCACCAGAUGAUGUUACUUACCGUGUUUUACUCCAAGGAUAUCUAAAGAACAGGCACUAUGAUGAUGUGGAGAUGCUUUUACAGGAAAUGGAUGAUAGAGGUUACUCACUUGAUGCUUCGACUUUAUCGUUAUUUAUAGAUCAUAUCGCAGCUGGUUUACUUGAUAGAAGUAUGCUUAAGUUGUUAGGUAAGCUUGUGCCAAAAGAACUACUGAACGAUCCUAGGUUGUGCGACUGGGAGUGAAACUGAGAUAGUAAUUGUGGGAUGAAAAAUGAAGAUUAUAACUUGCAAAAUGUGGAAAGCAGGACAUCUCCUUCAAAUUCCAUUCCAUUUAGUCUGCUUGUGUUUGGUCCUUAGACAUGUAGUCUUCAUGUGUUUGGUCAUUAGACAUUUGUGUUUGUUGUAGUUUAAUGAUAUUUAACGGUACAAAUUCGAGUUUGGAAACAAGUCGGAUCUGAUAUUUAACGGUACAAAUUCGAGUCAUUUUAAGUUUCGACCUUGCCGCAACGUACGACCGGUCAAAAUUAUACACGUAUUAAUAAUUGAAGUCUUUGAACAGUAACAAAGGGCAUGUUAGGGAUUUCAUAUCAAACAUAGUUUCCACCGCUUCUCAUCCCUUUUCUUUUGCUGUAUGAAGUAUGAACACAGAAUAGGAAUAGGGUUUAGACAGUGGAGUAAGAGAGAGAGAGAGAGAGAGACAGAUUAGAGGUGGAGAGGGAUCGGAGCCGUCGUCUCCAGCUAGCCACCCUCUUGGCUGUGAUGAUGGUCGGCUGGUUUUGACGCGGCAAACGGUAGAGAGAGCAGCGGUGGACAGAGAGAGAGAGGAGCGGCGGUGAUGGAAAAACCGGCCACGUCUCCGACCGGACACCUAUGGUGGUGGUUGAUGGUGACCGUGACGGCUGUGGUUUCUAGGAUUCCCAAGCCUAAAAGACCAGUGUGAGUCACAGAACCCGGAAUAUGGCCAGCCAGAGGCGUGGAGGGAGGAGAUGGAGGAGUUGCCGGCGGGAGAUUGGGAAUUACGAAAAUGCCUUUGGUGACCGUCCGUUGCGUUCUUUAUAAGUAACCAUAUGGUCGACUUGAUUCGCCACAAGGUAAAGUUUUGAAGUUGUUAUGGCACGAGUUAGCGGGCUUGUCACGAGCACAGUUAUGCCUACCACGUUGUGAUUAUCAACAUCGAUUAAGAAAUUUGUAGGGCUUACAAGUGGUACUUUCAGUUCAGAGAAGAAUACCAGGUUCCAUUUGAUGGAGGAAUAUGACAAGAAACAGAUGUAUUCAAAGCUUUAGCUCUUGGUGCGAAGUGGUUAUGGUUGGGCGAGCGGUUGUGUGUGGCUUAACAACAAAGGGUGAGUAUGGAGUAAAAACAGUGAUGGAGAUGUCGAAGGAUGAACUAGAGUUCACAAUGGCUCUUUCCGGUUGCUCCGCUCUCAACGAUGUUACCACGAACCAUAUCAAAACUUAGGUGCUGAAACGAAGGAGCCAAUAACUGUGGAAGAAAAGCAAGACAACGGCCUAUGGUCAAUGACAGCAACGGAAAGAUUUUCAUUUUUAACAUACAUGUGCGAUUUAUUAACGAAUAAUCUAAGAUACACUUGCGAGUGAAACCAACUAUUGUAGCUGCUUAACAUAUGCCGGAUACAACAGGUUCAUGGCGCGCCCAACCAACUAUUGUAGCUGCUUAACAAAUGCCGGAUGCAGCAGAAGUAUAUGAUACCAAAGUGUAAUUGUUCCUUUGAUAAUAUUGUAUACUAGAUUUUAUACCCGCCGCGCGUUGCGGUGGCGUCAUACGUGAAAUGACAACGUAUAGAUUACAAUCAA